GAAGACCUCUUUCUCUCUCUCUCCGUCCCUGUCCGUAACACAUAUUCUCUCUCCUCCUCCUCACUCUCAGUCCUCACAUGUAAGUGUGAACCAGAGGAACGGCAACGGAAAAAAAAAGAAAAAAAAAACAGAUCUUUCUCUCUCCUUUUUCUAAUCUUCUAAACGAGGGAAAGAAGGAAUUCAAUGGGGUUCUGAUUCUGAAAACUAAAAGAUUUCUUACACCAUUAGAUAGAGAAAUUGAUAGACAGAGAAAGAUAGAGACAGGAGAAGGAGAAGAGAAAGCGAGAGAGAUGGGAGGAGUGACUUCGUCCAUGGCGGCCAAGUUCGCAUUCUUCCCACCCAAUCCUCCUUCUUACAAGGUAAUUGCAGACGAAGUCACUGGUCUCUUGAUUCUGAGCCCCUUCCCUCACCGUGAGAACGUCGAUGUUCUCAAAUUGCCCACUCGUCGUGGCACUGAGAUUAUGGCCAUCUACGUUCGACAUCCCAUGGCGACCUCUACUGUCCUCUACUCUCAUGGCAACGCCGCCGAUCUCGGCCAGAUGUAUGAGCUCUUCAUCGAAUUGAGUAUCCAUCUGGGAGUCAAUCUCAUGGGAUAUGACUAUUCUGGGUAUGGACAAUCAUCUGGGAAGCCAAGUGAGCAGAAUACCUAUGCAGAUAUAGAAGCUGCCUAUAAGUACCUUGAAGAGAAUUACGGUGCUAAGCAAGAAGAUAUUAUCCUCUAUGGCCAAUCUGUUGGAAGUGGCCCAACUUUAGAUCUUGCAGCUCGUUUGCCUCAAUUAAGAGCUGUUGUUCUGCAUAGUCCUAUACUUUCAGGCUUAAGAGUCAUGUACCCUGUGAAACGCACAUACUGGUUUGACAUCUAUAAGAACAUUGACAAAAUUCCACUGGUUAACUGUCCUGUAUUGAUCAUUCAUGGAACCUCUGAUGAAGUGGUCGACUGCUCUCAUGGUAAGCAGCUUUGGGAACUGUGCAAGGAGAAGUACGAGCCGCUAUGGCUCAAGGGAGGGAACCACUGUGACUUGGAGCUCUUUCCAGAGUAUAUUAAGCAUCUAAAGAAGUUCAUAUCGACAGUUGAGAAAUCACCACCUUCCCAGAGGAACAGUUCAAGGAAGAGCACAGACAGAUUUGAACAAUCCAGGCGAAGCACCGACUGUUUUGAGGCUUCAAGGAAGAGCACCGACAGGAGAGAGAAACCAAGGCAGAGCACUGACAAGCUUGAAAAACUGAAAAACCAUGACUCUAAGUCUAACAAUGUGAACAAGUUAGAAAAGUUAAAGAUCUCAUUUGAUCAAAUAGAGAGGUCUCGCAGAAGUGUAGACUGCCAUGAGAAGUCUCGUAGGAGCAUUGAUCACCAGUUGCAGAGAGCACGGAAGAGUGUUGACCGGUUGGAUAGAGUAAGGGCUGGGUAGAUCUUGAACUGUUGUAAAAUUCAUGCAUGAAUUUGGUAUUGUGGGAAAAAAUAUUUGGGCAUUUUUAUUUAUGGUUUUAAGCUGUGUAGUUUGCUUGUGGAAGUUCCAUAGUAACUAUGGCAUGAAAUGAGGAAGGGUUUGCUGUUAUUAUGGGAUUCA